CUCUGCCCUGCGGUACUGCUCUUUAUGCUAAGCUAAGCUAACUGGCUACUUCUCAUCAAACUCAGCUGGGAGUGACGGGGAGAGCAUUGGAAACUGUCCAUUCUCUCAGCGCCUCUUCAUGAUCCUCUGGCUGAAAGGAGUAGUCUUUAAUGUCACCACUGUUGACCUCAAGAGGAAACCGGCUGACCUCCACAACCUGGCCCCAGGGACACACCCACCCUUCCUCACCUUUCAGGGGGAGGUACUCACCGAUGUCAACAAAAUAGAGGAGUACCUGGAGGCGAUGCUGGCUCCACCAAAGUAUCCCAAACUUGCAGCAAAGAACCGUGAAUCCAACACAGCAGGAAAUGACAUAUUUGCCAAGUUCUCAGCUUAUGUCAAAAACACAAGGCCAGAUAAAAAUCGAGAUUUAGAGAAGGGUCUAAACAAGGCCUUGGCUAAGCUGGAUGAGUAUCUGAUGGGUCUGCUACCUGAUGAGGUUGAGACGGGACGCCACAGCGGCAAGGGAGAGUCUACUCGCAAAUAUCUGGACGGAGAUGAACUGACGUUGGCUGAUUGCAACCUUCUGCCCAAACUUCACGUCGUCAAGGUGGUUGCAAAGAAAUACCGAAACUAUGACAUCCCGUCUGAAUUCAAAGGGGUGUGGCGUUACCUUGGCAACGCCUACAGCCGAGACGAGUUCACCAACACGUGCGCAGCUGAUGUGGAAAUUGAAAUAGCCUACAAGGAUGUAGCCAAGAGACUGGGAAAAUGAAUGCAUCACAACCACAGUCACUAUUGUACCUUUCUGUCUUCAUGGUAAAUCUACUAAAUAAUACCUCUGAUACACAUGACAUCCACUCUGUACACAGGAUGUUUCGUUUUUAAUGCUCAUGUGCUGAAAUGUGCUUAAAUGCUGCAAAGUGGUAUAGUGUCUCAAAGAAAAGGAGCAUGUGGUAAAAAUGACUCAUCAAUGUCUAAAACUUUUGCGCAGCAUCUGGAGUCUGAUGUCCUUGUAAUAGUGCUUACCACAAACAAAUGGAAGAUUAUGGUGAUUAUACUGCUGAUUGUUCUCAAAAAUGUAUUUUAUUUAUUGAGGAAAAAUAUCUAAAGUAACAAAUGACAGUUAGCUAAGCCCAUAAAUCAUAGCUUAGCAAAAUUAGCUAGGUCUGUCAAACUUGAGAACAAGAUCAAAUGUGUAAUGAAUAGAUUGAAAAGUGUGUUUGUCUGUCCUAAUGAAAGCUGCAAAUGUUAGCAUGCUAACUAACUAGUUUACUAACCACAUUAGUAUUGCUAAUACAUUUUCUUGAUCAUAUUCAGACUUACUAGCUCUACACUGCAACACAACAACAAUGUUGUUUCUUUGACAAAGAAGCUGUAACUAUGCUAGCUAACAGAGUUAACAUUAGAAAAUUAAAAAUUGAGUGGUAAAAUCAAUUAUUAAUCAUUGUAAACUGUUGUGUGAGAAUAUAAAGCUUGACAGGCUUAGCAACAGUAGCUGGUGGGGCUAAACGAACGAUCAUUUUGAGAUAUUAUAUUUCAUAAAUAUUUACUAAAGAUUUGCCUAUUUCCCGUCACAGUUAAUCUACUGAUUUUACUCUGAUAGUUUGAUAUCAUGAAUUUCUUUUACGUAGAGUAUGUAAUGGGAAUAAUGGAAUGCAUAAAUCAGCAUUUGAUUAUUUGUUUUUUUCUUGUAGUGUUAAAACCAAUAGACCAGACGUUGUUGUUGGAAAAAUACUGUUAAGAAUGUGUUUCAGCCAAAGUAAUUUGUCUUUUACUGGGGGGGGGGGGUUAGCUUUGUGGACUUUGUGGAGAUGUGACGUUGCCUUCCUUUUCUUAAGGAGGAAAUGAAUGACAGGUUAAAUUGUACAUUUUUUAUUGUGUAAUUUUCUUUACUUUUCUCACACCACAGUAAACAGCUCAUUCUUGCAACACAGAUUAAUACUUCUCAUUCAAACUGAUAAAUAAGGCUAUAACGAAAAGAAACAAACAGUUUACCCAAGUUUACCCCAGCUAUUGUGUUGACAGCUUAUUUAGUGCAAACUGAUAGUAGUGAAUGUAAUUUUAAUCAUGAGUGCCUUAGUAGGAAUCAAGCUCUCCUCUGCCUUCAGCUCUUUAUGUCUGUACAGUAAAUUAUAUAUAUUUGAAUAUAAUAUGAAUGUGAAUUAUUGAUGUAAUCAAAGGACUUCUAGUGCCCCAUGGAGCUGUAAGGUGAUAAUGUAAACUUAAUAUGUCUGUAAAUGAUUAUAGCUCAACUAUAUUCACAUUCUUUCUGAUGAUUAGAACCAUAAACCCACUGUGUAUAUGUCACUUAUUUGAAUAAUAAAUCUAUUU